AUGGCAUCGAUUAUCUCCCAAGCAUCCACGAGGACCGCCCGCCACACACUCCAGACCAGCGGCGGCGCGAAUCUGCGAAGCGGCCCAGUUCGGACGAGGCGGUUACUUUCGUCGAGAGCGGUAGCGGCGCGACACCUUCCCUUCCUGGUGUCAGGGAAACGCCUCAGGGUGCAAUGUCACGACAUCGAGGCGUUGCAGAGUGCUAGGACGCAAUAUCUGGCGGGGAGAGAAGCCGUGACGCUGCAGGUGUCGAGGUCGUAUUGGGUCCAGGCUGGCGAGGAGCCCGAGCCCGAGGAAGGCGGAAAGAAGAAGCUGGAUGACGAGACGAGGUUAAAUCUAGGAACGACAAUACGAAUCCUCAAAGACCGCCUCCCCACAAUCCUCCAACAACCCCUCCCCUCCGAAAUCCUCGCCCCCAACAUUUCCCUCCACCUCUUCCCCUCCACACACCCUCACCUCCCCGUCGCCAACGGCAAAGCCGCCUACAAAGCCGCCCUCUGGUCCUCACCCCUCGCCUGGAACCGCCUUCCCAUAAUAGGCAACGUCGGCCUCGAGAUCCAAUCCAUCCGCCUACAACCUGGCCCCCUCCCCUUCACGCCCCUGCGCGUCGGAUCCCUCGAAGACGUCCUCGUCGUGCGAUGGGUCACCGAACCUUCCUCCCUACCCUCCGAGUUCCUCCGGAACAUGGCCGCCAGGAUCUCAGGCGGCGGCGGCGACCACCCCGCGGCGCAGGAGUUCAUGGGCCUCUUCGCGUUCCAGUUCGAUCACAAGGGGCGCAUACUCGAUCAUACCAUCGAGAGCGCAGAGCAUAGCAGGCAUUGGAGUAAAGGGAUGGGGUCAAGCGUGCUGAAGUUUACGGAUAAGUUGUUGAGGGGGAUUAGGCAGAGGGGGGAGCCGGAUCCGGUGCCGUUUCCGGCUUGUUCGGGGAGGGGGAGGGGAGGUGAGAAGGAGGGGAAAGAGUGA